CUCUUACACACUUUCUCUCUCUAACCCAAACACAAUUUUGACUCACAAAAGCUUUUCAUAAUUUUUUUUUUCUCUUUCUUUUUUUUUUCUUUCAUAAUUUUCCUUAAAUAGAAAUAAAACACUUUCUCUCUCUUCUUUGAUCCAUGGAGGUGGAAGAAGAACUCCAACAAAACCCAGAAGAAAUUUGAUUCCUUUCAGCUAGAUUCGAUAACCCUUUUGGCUAAAAACUUCAAUGCGGUCUUUCAAAAGACCAAACAAUAACUCAGAUUCAAAGGGUCAUGUUGGAUCUGAUGGUGGAUUUUGUGAAACCUUGUGAAAGAAAAUUUGUUGUUAUUGUUGAUUUUGUUAAUGUUAAUGUUUUUAAGGUUGAUGAUGAUUAUGUUUCAUGUGUAAGAAGAAAUAGUAGUAAAGUGUUGUUAUUGUCGUUUAAGGUUAUUGUCGGUGGCAAUGACAUAGUGGUGCUUUUUGGCAUCAUAAACGACGAUGCAGCUUCAGUUCUCGCCUAGCAUGAGAAGCAUCACGAUAUCAAGCAACAAUGGGUUUAUUGACUUGAUGAAGAUCAAGGUCGCAGCUUGUCACAUUUCUUAUAGAACCCUUUUUCAUACUAUCCUCAUCCUUGCUUUUUUGUUGCCUUUUGUCUUCAUUCUCACUGCUGUUGUUACCCUUGAAGGUGUCAACAAGUGUUCCUCUUUUGAUUGUUUAGGUAGACGGUUAGGACCAAGGUUUCUUGGAAGGGCUGACGAUUCAGCGAGAUUAGUUAGAGAUUUUUACAACAUACUAAACGAAGUGAAAACCGGGGAAGUUCCAUCUAGUUUAAAGCUACCAGAUUCAUUUGAUCAAAUGGUUUCUGAUAUGAAGAACAAUCAAUAUGAUGCCAAAACAUUCGCUUUCAUGUUAAAGAGAAUGAUGGAGAAAUUUGAGAACGAAAUCAGAGAAUCUAAAUUUGCAGAGCUGAUGAAUAAACACUUUGCAGCUAGUUCCAUCCCUAAAGGGAUUAAUUGUCUCUCCUUGCGUUUGACUGAUGAAUACUCGUCAAAUGCGCAUGCACGCAAACAAUUGCCUCCUCCGGAGUUAUUACCAAUGCUCUCCGACAACUCUUUCCACCAUUUUAUUUUGUCAACUGAUAACAUCUUGGCUGCUUCAGUCGUUGUUACCUCUACUGUACAAUCGUCUCUGAAACCUGAAAAUAUAGUUUUCCAUGUCAUCACCGACAAAAAAACUUACGCGGGUAUGCACUCUUGGUUUGCACUAAAUCCUCCCUCACCUGCUAUUGUUGAAGUCAAAGGCAUUCAUCAGUUUGACUGGUUAACUAGAGAAAAUGUUCCGGUACUUGAAGCUGUAGAAAGUCAAAAUGGAAUCAGGAAUUACUACCAUGGGAAUCAUGUGAUGGGAACCAAUCUCAGUGAUACCAGUCCGCGUAAAUUUGCAUCGAAAUUGCAGUCGAGAAGUCCAAAGUACAUAUCUCUACUCAAUCAUAUCCGCAUAUACAUUCCUGAGCUUUACCCAAACCUCGACAAGGUGGUUUUUUUGGAUGACGAUGUAGUGGUUCAGCGUGACUUGUCUCCACUAUGGGAAAUUGAUCUGAAUGGAAAAGUUAAUGGAGCUGUGGAAACCUGCAGAGGCGAAGAUGAAUGGGUAAUGUCAAAACAUUUUAGGAACUAUUUCAAUUUUUCCCAUCCCCUCAUUGCAAAGCAUUUGGAUCCUGACGAGUGUGCUUGGGCUUACGGAAUGAAUGUCUUUGAUCUUCGUGCAUGGAGAGCAGCAAAUAUUAGAGAGACAUAUCAUUCCUGGCUUAAAGAGAAUCUGAGGUCAAACAUGACAAUGUGGAAGCUUGGAACCCUACCUCCAGCUUUGAUUGCAUUUAGAGGUCAUGUUCAUCCAAUUGACCCUUCUUGGCACAUGCUUGGUUUAGGUUAUCAGAACAAAACAAGUGUUGAAAAGGUGAAAAUGGCUGCUGUUAUUCAUUACAAUGGCCAAUCAAAACCAUGGUUGGAGAUUGGUUUUGAACAUCUUAAACCAUUUUGGACCAAGUAUGUCAAUUAUUCAAAUGAUUUUGUUAGGAACUGUCAUAUCAUGGAAUCAUAGUCUGUCUGCCAAUGAGAAGAAGCACUAUGGUUUGAAAACAUCACUGGAUACUACUACCGAACGGAUGAGUAAAGAAUACAUGUUUCAUCUAAAAAUUUUGCAGCUUGAGAUUUUCUUUGAGAUGAAUUUUGAACAGGCGAGUAGAAAAUUGGUUGAGAGGACAAAGUGGUCAAGGACAUGGUGGGUGGAUUCGUUGCCACCCCCUACCGUUUUUCGCAGACACGGUAUCUGUCCUGGCAUGGACCUGACGAUCAGAGUCUUGUUACAUAGAAACACGUCCUCUAAUUUUGGUUGAUGAAAGCAUAUAGACACUAUUAUUGGUCUUUCAUUGUGGCUAGUGCAUCAAAGAAUAUUCCUUAAUGGAAAUUGGAGAAUAAACUGAAUUCUGAAGAUAAAAGGGUCACAUGCAUGUGUCAUCAAUAUAUAGUUUGGUGUUGAGAACACACGUGCUAUAGAACAGUUCAUUUUUUAGUUUGUUAAAUUUUUGUUAGUGCCAAAUUUUACUUUCACCUUGUUUGAUUUUGAUAUCAUGAUGGUGAAUUCUAGGUUUAGUUCAUGAGAUUUGCUUUGUUACAGGGUUCAUUGGAUUAGGAAACUGUCUGUAGGAUAUAAUAUAUUAUAGUUAUUUGUUGUGUACAAUGAUUACAAGACAUUGGAAAUGUGCAGAUAAUUCUUUUUUCCAAGUCA